AAGGCAAUGCAGAGCUGCGCUUUGUCGCUCUGAUCGAGGGCUGUGCCAUCACAACACAGACAUAUAGAGAUGAUGGAGCGCUGAAUCUGGAUAUAUUUCCCGUUAUCUUGAACUGUGAGAUCUAAGAGGAAAGAUGAAUUCUGCUGAAGCGGCGGAGGACGGACCCAAUGAUUCAGAAACGGAUGCCUUCUUCAAAGCAGGGUCUUUCACAAGUGAAGGAAUUAAAGCGUCUGAUGUCCUCCCUGUGCUGAGAGAAAAAGUAGCGUUUGUAUCAGGAGGUCGUGAUAAGAGAGGUGGCCCCAUCCUGGCCUUUCCUGCCAGGAGUAACCAUGACCGAAUAAAACAGGAGGACCUGAGACGACUCGUAACGUACCUGUCCACUGUGCCCAGUGAGGACGUGUGUAAGAGGGGUUUCACUGUGAUCAUUGAUAUGCGUGGCUCUAAGUGGGACCUGAUAAAGCCGUUACUGAAGACCCUGCAGGAAGCGUUUUCAGCUGAGAUCUGCGUAGCUCUCAUCAUCAAACCAGACAACUUCUGGCAGAAACAGAAGACCAACUUUGGCAGUGCCAAGUUCACUUUUGAGACUAGCAUGGUAUCUGUGGAGGGGUUGACCAAACUUGUGGACCCAUCUCAGUUAACGGAUGACUUUGAGGGAUCUCUGGAAUAUAAUCAUGAGGAAUGGAUUGAGCUCCGUGUCGCUCUCGAGGAGUUCCUGGCCAGCGCCGUUCACCUUCUCUCCCGCCUGGAAGAUCUGCAGGAGAUGCUGGCUAAGAAAGAGUUCCCGGUGGACGUGGAGGGCUCUCGGAGACUCAUCGAUGAGCACACUCAGCUGAAGAAGAAGGUGAUGAAGGCUCCGGUGGAAGAGCUGGACCACGAGGGCCAGAGACUCUUGCAGUGUAUCCGCUCCAGUGAUGGCUUCUCAGGGAGGAACUGUAUUUCUGGAAGUGCCGACUUCCAGAGUGUGGUUCCAAAGAUCGCCAGUCUGCUGGAUAAACUCCACAGCACCAGACAGCUCCUGCACCAGAUGUGGCACCUAAGAAAACUGAAGCUGGAUCAGUGUUUUCAGCUCCGAUUGUUUGAACAAGACGCAGAGAAGAUGUUUGACUGGAUCAGUCACAAUAAGGAAUUGUUUCUUCAGAGCCACACAGAGAUCGGCGUGAGCUACCAGCACGCUGUGGAGCUGCAGACUCAACACAACCACUUUGCCAUGAACUCCAUGAAUGCAUAUGUGAACAUAAACCGCAUCAUGUCGGUGGCGUCGCGGCUGUCGGAAGCGGGUCACUACGCGUCUCAGCAGAUCAAACAGAUAGGCACGCAGCUCGAUCAGGAGUGGAAAAGCUUCGCCGCCGCUCUCGAUGAACGCAGCACCAUCCUCGCCAUGUCUGCCGUCUUCCAUCAGAAAUCCGAGCAGUUUCUGUCUGGUGUGGAAGCGUGGUGUAAGAUGUGCAGUGAGGGCGGGCUGCCUUCAGAGAUGCAGGAUCUGGAAUUGGCCAUUCAUCACCAUCAGACGCUUUAUGAACAGGUCACUCAAGCUUAUACAGAGGUGAGCCAGGAUGGGAAGGCUUUGCUGGACGUUCUUCAGCGGCCGUUAAGUCCCGUUAACUCAGAGUCUCUGACUGCAACUGCUAACUACUCUAAAGCUGUGCACUGUAUUCUGGACGUGGUCCAUGAGGUCCUGCAUCACCAGAGACGUCUGGAGAGCAUCUGGCAGCACCGUAAAGUCCGUCUGCAUCAGAGGCUGCAGCUCUGUGUCUUUCAGCAGGACGUUCAACAGGUUAUUGACUGGAUAGAGAAUCAUGGAGAGGCUUUCCUCAGUAAACACACAGGUGUGGGAAAAUCCCUGCACAGAGCCAGAGCCCUGCAGAAACGCCACGAUGACUUUGAGGAGGUGGCACAGAACACCUACACUAAUGCAGAUAAACUCCUGGAAGCGGCUGAGCAGUUGGCCCAGACGGGCGAGUGUGACCCCGAGGAGAUCUAUAAGGCAGCGCGACACCUGGAGGUCAGGAUCCAGGACUUCGUCAGGAGAGUGGAACAAAGAAAACUACUGCUAGUACACACUGUCGGUGCGAAUGCAACCCUUUAAAUGUUGUGGACGUGGAUGGAGGACCUGCAGAAGGAGCUUCUGGAAGAAGUUUGCUCUGAUUCGGUGGAUUCGGUUCAGGAGCUGAUCAAACAGUUUCAGCAGCAGCAGACGGCCACGCUGGAGGCCACACUCAACGUCAUUAAAGAGGGAGAAGACCUUAUGCAACAACUCAGAGAUUCAGCGAUGAGCAGUAAUAAGAUGCCUCACACCAGCUCUAUCGCUCACAUAAACCCAGUAACGGCGGAGUUAGACGCGUGGAAUGAGGACCUGGUUCGUCAGGUAAACGAGUUCACCGCAGAAGAACCCAGUCUGGCUGAACAGAGACUCCAGCGGCACGCGGAGAGAAAACUGGCCAUGAACAACAUGACCUACGAGGUCAUGCAGCAGGGUCAAGACCUGCAUCAGUACAUCAUGGAGGUCCAAGCUUCAGGUAUUGAGUUGACCAGUGAGAAGGAGGUGGAUCUGGCCACUCAAGUUCAGGAGCUGUUGGAGUUUCUUAAUGAGAAACAGCAUGAGCUGGACGUGAGCGCUGAACACACACAGAAACACCUGGAGCAGUGUGUGCAGCUGCGCCACCUACAGGCUGAGGUUAAACAGGUUCUGGGUUGGAUUCGUAAUGGUGAGUCUAUGUUGGAUGCCAGUAUGGUGAAUGCAAGUUCACUGUCAGAGGCCGAACAACUACAGAGAGAACAUGAACAGUUCCAACUCGCGAUAGAGUCUUUGUUCCACGCCAACUCUCUUCAGAAGACCCAUCAGAGCGCACUGCAGGUGCAGCAGAAGGCCGAGAUCAUGUUACAGGCCGGACACUUCGACCCUGAGGCCAUCCGCAGCUGUGCUGAGAAGGUGGCAGUACACUGGCAGCAGCUCAUGCUGAAGAUGGAGGACAGACUCAAGCUGGUCAACGCCUCUGUGGCCUUCUACAAGACAUCAGAACAGGUGUGCAGCGUGCUGGAGAGUCUGGAGCAGGAGUACCGCAGAGAUGAGGACUGGUGUGGAGCUCAUGAUAAACUGGGAUCUUCAGCAGAGAUGGAUCAUGUGCUGCCGCUCAUCAGCAAACACCUGGAGCAGAAAGAGGCUUUUCUCAAGGCAUGUACUCUGGCCAGGCGAAAUGCUGAGGUUUUUCUGAAAUACAUCCAUCGGAAUAAUGUCAGCGCUCAGGGAUCAUCCAGCAACCCCCGCGGCCCCGAGCAACAGGUCAAAGCCAUCCUGAAUGAACUGCUACAGAGAGAAAACAGAGUUCUGCAUUUCUGGACCAUGAAGAAGCGGCGUCUGGAUCAGUGUCAGCAGUAUGUGGUGUUUGAACGCAGCGCCAAACAGGCGUUAGAGUGGAUCGAGGAGGCAGGAGAGGUGUAUCUCGCCUCUCACACGUCCCCUGGAGACUCAGUGGAGAAAACUCAGGAGCUGCUCAAAGAAUAUGAAGAAGUCCGCGUCUCUGCCAAGCAAACUAAAGAGAAAGUGAAGAUGUUGAUCCAGCUGGCAGAUAAUUUUGUGGAGAAGGGCCACACGCACGUCACCGAGCUGAAGAAGUGGGUGACGGCAGUGGACAAGCGCUACAGAGAUUUCUCCCUGCGCAUGGGCAAAUACCGCUGCAGUCUGGAGAACGCUCUGGGCAUCAGCUCUGAGGUACUUAUACUACACAUUUUGACAAAUAGACACGAGAUCAACGAGGAAAAGAGGAAAUCAGCCCGGAAGAAAGAGUUUAUUAUAGCAGAGCUGUUACAGACAGAAAAGGCUUAUGUGAGGGACUUGCAUGAAUGUUUAGAGACGUAUUUGUGGGAGAUGACCAAUGGUGUAGAGGAAAUCCCUCCAGGAAUCGCCAACAAAGAGCACAUCAUCUUUGGAAACAUCCAGGAGAUUUACGACUUCCAUAAUAAUAUAUUUCUGAAAGAGCUGAUCAAUUAUGAGCAGUUACCUGAGGAUGUGGGCCAUUGCUUUGUUACAUGGGCUGAUAAGUUUAAUAUUUAUGUGACAUACUGCAAAAACAAACCAGAUUCCAGUCAGCUCAUCCUAGAGCAUGCUGGGAGUUUUUUUGACGAGAUUCAGAAGAGACAUGCUCUGGCCAACUCUAUAUCAUCAUACCUCAUCAAACCUGUGCAGAGAAUCACCAAAUACCAGCUGCUGCUCAAGGAGCUGCUGUCCUGCUGUGAAGAAGGCAAAGGUGAAAUUAAAGACGGGCUGGAGGUCAUGCUGAGUGUCCCAAAGAGAGCCAACGACGCCAUGCACGUCAGCAUGCUGGAGGGUUUUGAUGAGAAUCUGGAUGUUCAGGGUGAACUCAUCCUGCAGGACACCUUCCAGGUGUGGGACCCCAAAUCACUGAUCCGAAAGGGACGAGACCGCCACCUCUUCCUCUUCGAGAUCUCCCUCGUCUUCAGCAAAGAAAUCAAAGACUCGGGACGAUCCAAAUACAUCUACAAGAACAAACUACUGACUUCUGAAUUGGGGGUGACAGAACAUGUGGAAGGAGACCCGUGUAAAUUUGCCCUGUGGGUGGGACGCACACCCUCAUCCGACAACAAGACUGUCCUCAAGGCGUCCAGUAUCGAGGUGAAGCAAGAAUGGAUUAAAAACAUCCGAGAGGUCAUCCAGGAGAGAAUCAUUCACCUGAAGGGGGCGCUGAAGGAACCAAUCCGCGUUCCCAAAACCCCAGCCAAACCCCGUAACAACAGCAAGAGGGAGGCUGGUGAGGAUGCUGACAGUCAGGGAGAUGGCAGCAGUCAGCCGGACACAAUCUCCAUCGCAUCCAGAACCUCUCAGAACACUGUGGACAGUGACAAGCUCUCCGGAGGGUGCGAGCUGACGGUGGUCCUGCAGGACUUCGUGGCGAGCGGCACGUCUGAGCUCAGCGUCCAGACCGGUCAGACGGUGGAGCUGUUGGAGCGGCCCAGCGACCGGCCGGGAUGGUGUCUGGUCCGGACCACAGACAAGAGCCCUCCUCAGGAGGGACUGGUGCCCAGCAGCGCUCUGUGUAUCUCUCACUCUCGCAGCAGUGUGGAGAUGGACUGCUUUUUCCCAGCAGGCAAAGAAAACUAUGCGGUUAGCGGCCCAGAAGGGAAGACGGAGUCUGUGACCACACUGCAGCCACAGGCGUCCCUGAACUCCCUGCAGAGCAGCUCCCCUGGACCCAAGCGCUCUGGAAAUACACUGAAGAAGUGGUUGACCAGCCCUGUCCGGCGCCUCAGUCACGGCAGCAACAUCAAGAAGAUCCCUAGCAAACAGAAGCAGAAACGUGAUGGACGAAAGAGCAUAGAUCUGGGGCCGCCUGAACUACAGGAUGACACCCUGGAGGAGAAAGUGCGUAAAGAAGGAACACUCUCCAAAUCUUCAUCAGGGAUGCACAGCGGAGGAGAGGAAGAGCCUGAGGACGAGUCUCACACUCCCCUCCCUCCACCAAUGGAGAUCAUCAAAGACCCGUCUGCGCAGGAAGAGAAGUCGUCUGUGCUGCUGGCUUCACGGCAGAGCUCGGCUGACGUCCCCAGUGCUGCUGAGCUUGUCAGUGCUAUAGAAAAACUGGUCAAAACUAAGAUGACGCUGGAGCCAGGCUCGUACCCAGGAUUCAGUUCAGUGAACCCAGCAGAGCAGAGCCCAGCGCCACCCAGAAACCCUGAACUGGAGCAGAAAGCCAAAGCACUGCGUGGACGAAUGUUUGUUGUGAAUGAAUUAAUCCAGACAGAAAAAGACUACGUGAAAGAUUUGGGUAUCGUGGUUGAGGGGUUUAUGAAGAGAAUAGAGGAGAAAGGAGUUCCUGAUGAUAUGAAAGGAAAAGAUAAGAUCGUCUUUGGAAACAUUCACCAAAUCUACGACUGGCACAAAGAUUUUUUUGUUGGCGAGCUGGAAAAAUGUCUUGAAGAUCAUGAAAAACUGCCUGGGUUGUUCAGUAAACAUGAGAGAAGACUGCACAUGUAUGUGGUUUACUGCCAGAACAAACCCAAAUCUGAAUUCAUUGUUGCAGAAUACGAUUCAUACUUCGAGGGGAUUCAACAAGACGUCAACUCAAGACUGAGCAUCAGUGAUUUUCUCAUUAAACCCAUUCAGAGAAUUACUAAAUACCAACUGCUACUAAAGGACUUCCUGAAGUACAGCGCAAAGGCAGGGUUGGAGUGUCAGGAUAUAGAGAAAGCAGUAGACCUGAUGUCCCAGGUGCCCAAGCUGUGCAAUGACAUGAUGAACCUGGGAAGACUGCAGGGAUUUGAGGGGAAGCUGACGAGUCAGGGAAAGCUCUUGCAGCAGGAGACGUUCUUUGUGACAGAGCAGGACUCUGGCGUUCUGUCCCGCAGUAAGGAGCGCAGGGUCUUCCUGUUUGAACAGAUCGUCAUCUUCAGCGAGCUCUUACGCAAAGGCUCGUCCACGCCAGGAUACCAGUUUAAAAAGAGCAUCAAGGUGAGCUUCCUUGGCCUGGAAGAGCAUGUUGAAAACGAUCCCUGUAAGUUUGUGCUGUCGUGUCGUGGCUCAGCCGAACGGUUCACCCUGCAAGCUGCAAACACGGACAUUAAACAGGUCUGGGUUCAGCAUAUCACCGAGCUACUAGACUUACAGAGCAACUUCUUGUCAGCUCUGCAGUCUCCCAUCGAGUAUCAGAAGGAGCGCAGCGGCUCUCAGUCUCUGACCCGAAACUCCUCCAGCGGUGGGCGAGUGGGUCAGGCCAACAGCAGGCCCAGCUCCACUGUGUCUCUCGGGGCAGAGAAACCCUCUCUGUCUGGACGGAGCUCCACUCCCAUAAAGCUAACUACCUCCAGCAGUGGUCCAUGCCACGACAGAUACCACAGGCAGUUUGACGGUGUGGGCUGUAACGGUACGUCGUCCUCCCUGAUGGUGACUCAGGACUAUAAUGCACUGAAAGAGAACGAAAUCUGCGUCACGCAGGGUGAGACGGUGCAGAUACUGGCCACUAACCAGCAGAACAUGUACCUGGUGUACCGAUCCGCUAACAGCCAGUCGCCGGCCGCGGAGGGCUGGGUGCCGGGACACAUCCUGGGCCCCCUCGCUAAGCCCCUCAUAGACACUACUGCAGACUCAAACAUCAAGAAAUCUCUCUCGUGGAACACGCUUCGUGCUCGCAAGCGUGCAGAGAAGGACAGUGCGCCCCUCAAAAGUGACAUUAAAGUUGAGAAUGGACUGCGUAAGCCAAAGGAAAUUCUCAGCAGCAAAGUCAGUGUGUGUGAUACCCGCAGCUCGGAUGAGUCCGAUUGUGAGGAUGAACUAGACCCCAAAACUAGUAUGGAGUUACUGAACCCUAAUUUCAUCCAAGAUGUGGCUCCGGAGUUCCUGACGCCUCUAGCGGACGUGACGUGUGCUCUGGGGGAGACGGUGGUCCUGUGCUGUAAAGUCUGCGCUCGACCCAAGCCCACAAUCACCCUGAAAGGACCCGAUCAAAGUCUGCUGGUCAACAAUAACCGAUUCACGAUCAAUAUCAGGGAAUCAGGUGAUAUAGUGCUGAAAAUCUGUAAUCUGAUGCCUCAGGAUACUGGCAUCUACACGUGUGUGGCUGUGAAUGAUCAUGGCACUGCCUCCUCAUCUGCAUCUAUUAAAGUACAAGGUAUCCCAGCAGCCCCUGCUCGGCCUGUGGCACAGGAAGCCAGCAGCACUGCAGUGAUUGUCCACUGGCUUCCUCCAGCCAGCUCAGGAAACUCUGCCAUCUCCAGCUACACUGUGGAAUACAGACAGGAAGACUCUCUGGUGUGGCAGCAGUCGGUGGUCUCCACUGCAGACGUGUGUGUGAAGAUUGAGAAUCUGAUUCCUGGUGGCCAUUAUCAGUUCAGAGUCAGUGCCAGUAACCCCUGGGGCAUCAGCCCACCCAGUGAACCCUCAAACAUGGUGACAUUACCCAGCACAGUGUAUUCGUUUGGAAAGGGUCGUUUCUCAGUGGUGAGGAAGUGUUUCAGUAAAGCCAGUAAGAAGGAGGUUGCUGUGAAGUUUGUCAAUAAGAAGAUACAGAAGAAAGAGCAGGUGGCCCAUGAGGCCGAUAUCCUGCGUCACGUCCAGCAUCCGCAGCUGGUGGCGUUGAUUGAUACCUAUGAGUCUCCCACGGCCUACAUCCUGGUUCUUGAGCUGGUUGAGGAUGGGCGUCUGCUGGACUAUCUGGUGGCUCACGAUGAGCUGAUGGAGGAGAAAGUGGCAUUCUUCAUUAAAGACACUCUGGAAGCUCUGCAGCACCUGCACACAUGCAGAGUAGCUCACCUGGACCUCAAGCCUGAAAACCUGUUGGUGGACCUCCAUGUGCCGGUGCCCUGUGUGAAGCUCUCAGAUCUGGGCGAUGCUGUACAGGUUUCGGGUCACCGCUACGUGCAUCUCCUCCUGGGGAACCCUGAGUUUGCUGCUCCAGAGCUCAUCCAGGGCACCCCGGUGUCCCUGUCCACAGACAUGUGGAGUGUAGGGGUGCUGGCCUACGUCAUGCUCAGCGGAGUCUCCCCGUUCCUGGAUGAGAGUCUGGAGGAGACCUGCGUCAACAUCUGCAGGCUGGAUUUCUGCUUUCCUGAGGAAUACUUCAGUGAUGUUAGCCAGGCCGCCAAAGACUUCAUUGUGUCCACGCUUCACCAGGACCCCAGGAAGAGGCCAAGCUCAGCUACAUGUCUGCAGCACCCAUGGGUCAGCGCUCAUAGUGGAGAUUACUCCAAAAUACCGCUGGACACUGUCAGACUCUCUGCGUUUAUAGACCGACGCAAACAGCUACAUGAUGUCAGACCUGUGACAAACGUUAAAGGACUGGUCAGCAGCAGUAUGGGACACACCUUAUGAGACGAGAACGUGGGCUAGAGGAAAGAGGUUCUAGCAUGUUACAUGCUCUAUGUCAACAAUAGAUGUCAUUUACAUUAUAUAUCAUAUCAUUAGGAAUGUGCACUUACUGUGCACAGUGUUUCCUGUAGCGUUUAUUGACCUGCUCCAUUAUGACUUGUGGCCCGGGCAGUUAAUAGAUUGAGAAAAUUCAAGUAAACUGGAAUUGUGGGAAUUGCAGGAAUUGCAGAGCUAGGAGUAGUAACAUCAUUGAAUGUCAUAUUAAGGCUUAAGGUGAUGUAUUUUAGAGCUUUCAGAGUCCUAAACAGACCAGUAGUUGGGUGUUGUAUGUUCAGUUGUAUUGCGGGGUUUUACAGGAAAAGUUUAACCAAAAAUGAGAAUUCUGUCAUCACUUACUCGUGCUGUUCCAGAUUCAUAAGAUGUGCUAAAACAAAACAAGUUUUAGUCUUUUCUAUUCAAUGAAAGUAAACCGAAAAAGCUCUCAAAUUUCAUGUGUGUUUACAUAUAUUCAAAUAUGGCACAUCAGGUUUGAUAUCUAUGAUGCUGAAUGGCUUUGGUUGUCUCAUUUAUCAUAACCAAUUGCAACAUACCAGUUUGAAUAUGUGUAAGUGCAAAUGUUAUUUUAGAAGUCCAAUGGGAAGAGAACAGUCAAUUCCUCAAUUUUAUGAUACUUUUAGCUCAUAUUUGGAGCUCAGUAUACAUCAGUACUCAUUUAAUUUCAAAUUCAAAUAUGGGUUUGGAGCGACAUGAGUAAAUGAAUGAUGACUGAAUGUAAUACAAUGUGGUUGACGAUUGGAUGUGAAAAGAAAUUUAGUGAUCCAACAUCUUGCAGCAGAUAUAUUUUUCACAGGAUCAUUAAGAUAAUUUAAAGAAUGUAGAAUAUUUGACAGGUAAGAAUUAUUCUACAAAUACCUGCAUGUAGAAAUAACUGAUCAUCCACAUUUAACCUGUAAUGUAUUCAGUUUUCAUAGUAUGGGGUCAUGAGUAUCGUCGUCAUUAGGCAUAAUGAGGAAUUUGAAUGUCUUAAAAUGAAUUGAAUAAAAUGUUGUUUUCUUAUUUGUCUGAGUUGAAAUGACAAUAAUUUGCAGACUAAAGUUAUUACAGUUCAGCACUU